AUGGGUUCAGGAUGCUCGCUGGGUUUUAGACAAACUAAAAAUCCGGUUUCGAAGCAUAAGGGUCAAUAAUUUGACAAUUAAUCUCAAAAUCCUGAAAAAGAUAAAAAUGGUCAUUACAAUGAAAGCCAAAAAAGCAAUCACCAAACUCAUUUAACGAAUCCACUUUCUACUGAUAAUUAUGGAGCGAAUGAAGAAUUUAUACAGUAGGUUCAUGAAUUUGAAAAGGUGAAUUAGAUAGGAAGGUAUUUCUUAGAAAGCGAAAUGAAUAGAGCAAUUAAUGCAAAAGCUAUUCAGAAAUGGGACAAAUUUUUAAGUGAAGGCUAUAAAAAAUACAUAAAAAUGAAGAAAAGUAAUCAGUGUCGCCACAUUUUUACAAAAUAAAAUGAAUCGUUUCUCUUUAAAAAUAAGGAAUUAUAUUUGACAGUUAUUUAUUAUGAUGGAAAGGAAAAAGAAUUAAGCUAGUUUAUUGAAAGGGGAUUAGUUCCCUAGAGUGAUAGAUGGAGUGCUUGGAAAGCAAAAUUAAAUGUGUAAAAAUACUUCAUUAAAGGACUUUAUGAAGGACUUCUUAGGAAGUAAAGUAAAUAUGUAAAGGAUAUAAAGAGAGAUAUUGGAAGGGGUCUUAAUCACCCCUUCUUCAAGCAAGAAGAUUAAAUUCAUUCACCCUUUAAAUCAGAGUUGAAGUAGUAGCAAUAGCAGUAAGAGGAGGAAGAGUUAUCAAAUAAAAAACAAUACAUUUUUACACAAAAGGAAGUUCUAAAUACAAAGUAGAGCAUAAAGGAGUACAAUGCUGCAGUUUAAAAUUCUCCUAAUUUUUCUAAAAAAAAUUUUGAUUAGCUUUCUUAGCAAUAAUUAGACUAGCUAAAUACCUACAAUUAUGCUAAAAAAUCAGUUACUUUACAAAAAAAUUCAUAGAUAAAUCAAAAUGAAGAAUUUGAUGAUGAUAGACUUAGCAGACAUUUCUCAGUCAAAAAUAAAAAGACAUCAACAAUAUAAAAUGAAAUGAAUGAAUAAAUAAAGGAGCAGUUUUCUAAAAUCAACUUGGAUAAGCCAGACAAUGAAGAAGUCCACGAGAGGUUUUAAACUUAAAUUUCCAACUCAAAAAAUCCUUACUAUACAGCUCAUAGAAAAUUAAUCUAAAACAAUUAGAAAAAAAAUCAUCUAUUCGAUUAUGAAUCCAUCUAAAAUUAAUUUAAGUGUAUUGGAUAAGAGUCUUUAAGUAAAGUACUGAGAGCUAUAUCAAACUAUUUUCCUAACAUUGGGUAUACUUAAGGCAUGAAUAUAGUUGUAGGAUUUCUUCUAUUAGUUAAUGGUGGAAAUGAAGAAGAAGCUUUUUGGAUGUUUGUUUCUCUUGCUCGUUCUGAAAAUUUUUUAUUUAUGGGUUUGUAUGAAAAAGAUUUACCUAUUAUGAAUUUAAUGGCGUAUGUUUUAGAUGACAAAUUAAGAUCUUUGUAUCCAAGGCUUCAUCAUUAAAUCUUAAAAGAACUAGAAGUAAAUUACUAAGAGUGGUUUACUUGGUGGUCAUUAAGCAUUUUUUUAGAGAAGUUUCCUUUAUAUGCCUGCUUAAGAUUUUGGGAUUUCAUAAUAAGCCAAGGUAGCUUAUUUUCAAUUGUAUCGAUUAUAAUUGCUCUGCUUAAGCAAUUCGAUUAAUAAAUAAUAGGACAAGAUGAUCGUGGUAUGUUCUAGGAGUUGUUAGACAGUUUUAUGAAAGGAAGUGUGACUGAUCAAAUCGUUGAAUCCGUUCUAUUAAAUGCAAAAAAAAUAUAAAUGACUAAAUCAUACAUUUCACAAAUAUCUAUUUAAUAUUUGAAUUCUACUUUUUGUAUCUCUAAAAUCACUGAAAAACAUAAUAUCUACACAGACUAUCUCACUCAAUUAAAUAAAAGUUCCCAAAUGCAGCAGUAAGCCUUAUUCAUUUUAACAAAAGAAAUAGAAAAAAAAGUUUGUUAAGAAAUCGUUAAUCCUCUUUCGGAAGAAGGAAACAAAUAAGGGACUGAAAGAAAUGAUAUUAAAGAUAAUCAAGCUUCUAAGCAUUAAGACUAAAAUAGUGAGCUAAGUGAAAGAUAAGUAGUUUAAUAACCUCAAAUAGAUUAUAUGAGUUCUGAUAUUGAUUACAAUAACCGUCGUCUAAAAAAUUCACCAGAUAAAAGUACAAAGCUCUAGAGUAAACUGCCUCCAAUCAAAUAAAAAAAGAAAGAUGUUUAGCUAAUUUAGCCUGAUGACAGUAACGAACCAGCGAAGAACAAAUUACUCGCUAUAAAAAAUUCUAAUAAUAAAAGCAAAGAUGAAUAAAUAAAUAAAAAUUUAUUUUAAGGCAGCAAUGAGACAGAAGAAAAACAAAAAUCUAAUUUACCUUUAAUUCAUCUCUAAUCUAUUUAAUCAAACGAAAUAUUCUCUCAACAACAACAACAAAGAUAAUCAUUUACAAAUUAAUAAUAAUAAUUAAAUCAAAAGAAUAAUUCCCUCAAAAAUACCAAAAAUUCUAUCCAUAAGAGGCGUUCGAGCUUUUAAGAUGUGCAUGUGAUGAGUUUAGAUUAAAUUGAGCCUAUUUAAGACCAGAAUAAUCAAAAUUAACACUAAGAUUUAAUUACAAAUUAAAAAAAUCACUUUAAUAAGCUUUAAAAUUUAAUUUUAAAGACAACAGGAGAAUCCACUCCACAUUCUAAAUAUUUUUUCAAUUCUCCAAAUAAAAAUAAAAUUCCUAAAAGACCUCUUUCUUCUUACUAAGAUACAUCUAAAAAAUUCAACAGCAGCCACAAUCUUUAUCAAAAUAAGAGAAAUCAAGUUGAUGAAAUGAAUGAAAUAAAAAAUGCUCAGAGCAUUUUAAAAGAGGAUUAAGAAAAUCAAAUAUUUAAAAACCCUAAAGAAAUAAUAAGCUCUUCUUAAAUCGAUCAAAAGUAAUAAAUUUUAAAUUAGCAAAUGGGAGAAAAAGAUAAAGAAAUGCAAAAAUCUCUAAGCCAAGUUGGUUCAUCAGCAAAGUAGAAGAAUUUUUCUAGCUAAAAUUCGAUAAUCUAAUCUAGCUAGAAUGAGAAACCAUCAACGAAACUCCCCUCUAUUUAUCUAUAACCAGAGAAAAUAAGCUAAUAACUGUUUAAUUAAGGUUAAAAUGUUUUAAAUAAAUAAGAACAAUUACCUGAAAAAAAUGAAAAUGUAAUAGACACUAAUUAAUAGCAUGAAGAAAGCAACAGCUAAACUUAAUCUCAUGGAAUAGAUAAUGAUGAUGAUUUUAAUAUAGAAUAAAACGUUCCUCAAAAAAAACCUUUGUCUCAUCAAACUACAAACUCCAUUCCUAAUUCUUCACAUAAAAUUAACAAAUAUCACAACGUUUAGCUUGAUAGUAUAGAAAAUAAAACAAAAAAUUAAUAAAAUUUUAAAACUUCUAAUUAUUCAUCAAGACCUAGUUCUCAUUAUUCUUCUAAGUACGAGCAUGAAAAAAGAAUGUAAAAGCAAUAAGCAGCAGCUGCUGCUGCUAGCAUGAUCCAGCCAAAUCAUUAACAAAAUCUAUCAAAUUUUUCUACGCCCUCAGUAAAGCAAAGACAACUUCCUUCACUGUCUUUCUAAAAAGCAACCUAGGCUUUCAAUCAUAUUGAGGAUACAACAUAGCCAGAUAAUUAAUUUUAAGCAAAUACAUCUAUAAAUUAGCCUCCACUAUUACAAGUUAGAGAUAGAAACAAGCAAAGAAAAUUCAGGCCAUUUUCAAAUACCAUGAAUUAGCCAGCUGAAAAUAAUCAAAAAUAUUAUUCUAGUAAAUAAGUUGAAGAGUCGUAAUAAGAAAAAAAUUAAAGCUAUGAAAAAAACAUCUCUAAAAAGAGUACCAUAAAAACUCCUCAAGAAAAACAACAACUAAACGAAAGUGAAGUACUCAAAAAUUAAUAAAAUGAGAAGCCUCAAAGCAGAUAAAAUCUUGAAAUAAAUAAAGAAAAUUAUAUAAAUAAACCAGAGCAGACAAGCCAAAAUUAUGAAACAUAAAAUUUAAAUGUAAACAGCUCCUCAAAAACAUAAGAUAUAAAUAGGUUACAUAAUAAUGAAGAGACUUAAUCACAAGAACCUGAGAAUAAAUUAUAAAAAAAUGAUUAAAGCUUCUUAAAUCAAUUGAAUAAUCCUUCUUAUUAGCUUGAAGAAACAAAAUAAAACGAAAUUAAAUUUUAAAAUCCAAAUCAAAACAAAGACCAUUAUGAUUAAUAUGAAAGUGUAGAAAAAAUAGCAAAUAAUAUCCAGCAAGAUAAAUAUAAUCAAGCUUAAUUAUAUUAAGAAACAGAGCAGAGUAAAAAUUCUAAAGAAAGCUACUAAGAACAAUUAGAUUAAUAUCCAAUAAGUAAAGAGUAAUAUAAAAUAAGUUAAGAAUAAUAUCCAAUAAGCUAAGAAUAGUAUCAAAUAAGUUAAGAAUAAAUUCAAAUUAAUAAAGAAUAAUAUCAAAUAAAUUAACAAUAAUAUCCAAUAGGAUAAGAAUAAUAUCAAGUAAGAGAUGAACAAUAUCCUAUAAAAUAGAAAGAUGAAUAUUAAAUAAGUGAAGAAGGAGAAAAAAUUUAUGAGCAAUAUUAAGCUAAGUAAGAAGAGUAUUAAACAAAUAUAGAGCAUUAAUAUUAAAUAAGCAAUCAGCAUUAUUAAAUAAGUAAAGAGCAAUAUUAGAUCGAACCUUUGAAAAUUGAUUUAGGAGAGUAGAAGAUAAAUUUAGUGCAAUAAAAGAGUGAGAAUAAAGAUUCUGAGAUAGAUGUAAAUAAUUAAUAGAAUUAGCAGUUUCAAAAUAUAAACUAUGAUCCUAAUAAUAACAACAAUCAGUAGCUUUAUCAUAAAGACAGCCUUAAUAGCUAGGUAAAAAAAGAAGAUAUUGCUUUUAAUAGUAAUCUACAAAAUGAUAUGAGCGCUUAUAUGAAUGAAUUUCAAUAGCAUAAUUACAGUGGGUUUAGCAUUAAUCUUACUUAAGGAGGAGCUCAUAAUUUUUAAAACAGUAUACAUAAUUCAAACAUUUAAUAGAAUUAAGCUAAAAUUUUUUCAGUGAAUUAAAUUCCUUCUCUCAAUAAUAGCAGAAUUAAUGAUGAUAAUAGGAGCUAAAUUUCUGAGUAUGGGUUUUAGAAUCAAGGAGGCAUAUCUGAUUAAUAAUAGAAAAUUUCUUUUUCAAAUAUUCCUGAUUAAGUCAAUAACGAAAUUACAUAUUCAGCUGAUGAAAACAAAUAAAGAGAAUUAAAAGAAAAGAGCUUAAGAGUUUAGCAGCAGUCUACACUCGAACAUUUAAGAGAUUCCGAUAUUAAUCAAAUAUCUGCUGAAGAUAAAAAUUCAGAUUAGUUAAAGAAAACAUUAGAAUAAGCAGAUUUAGAAGGUAAAUUAUAAUUCCAAUCUAGUUCAUUUACUUAAACAAAACCUGUAGAUACAACUAAUAAAUAAUUUUAAAUUUAAUCUAAUGAAACUGCUUAAAGCAGUCCAUUUUCUCAGCCUCGCCCACAGUUUACACCAAAAACAGAAAGAUAUGAAUCAUCUUUUAACGUAAUACCAACUUAAUCUCCAUUUAAUUCCUAGAUUAUCCUAAGUCAGCAACAAGUAUAAAAAAACUACUAAAAAAGUAAUAGUCUAAAUUAGCUUGGCAGUGUUGCUUCUUAAAACGUACUCCACUCAGUAUCUUAAAUUAGUUAAAAUAAUAUAGCAAACUAAAAUGGUAAAUUUAAAAACCUUGGUAGCUCUUAAGGUUAUAUUCCAUCAAAUGGAUACGAUAAAAUUAAUAAUUUUAUACCUAACCAUCUUCCUUACUCCAGCUCAAACUAUUAUUUAUAGGAAAUAAAAGAAGAAAAUUAUGGUGAAAGAAACAUGAAGUAAAAAUAGAAUAAGGAUUAACAAUAGUCUUAGCUUUAAAUAAGCUACGAAGAAGAACACCAAACAUAUGAAUAAAGUAAGUUAAAUAAUAGCAGCUUAUCACAUAAGACUUAAAUGAGUAAUAAAGAACGUUUGUAAAAUUUUGCUGAAAAUUAAAAUGAUAUUUUAGAUGAAGUGAGUAGUUCUUAAUUCAAUUCAAAUGUUUCUGCUGCUUCAAAACCACCUUAGCCUUCUUCUCAUCAUAGAAAGUCUAGCUUUACGAUUUAAAGUUAAAUGUAAUAAUAAUUGCAAAAGCAGGCUCUAUAAUAGUAAAAUUAAUAAUUACAAUAGCAAUAGCAGUAAGAAUUUACUCCUCAGAGAAUAAUUAGCUCUGCAGCCCAAAAGAAUAUUAUAUUAACCUAACAAACAAAUACUAUUACUGAAAGCAACUCUUUGGGUUAAUUAAAUGUGAUCUAAAAUAAGUAACUAAAUAACGAGUAAAUAGUAAACAUGAAAAGAGCAUCUAUAAAAAUAAACAAAGACUAUUAGACUCCUAAAAUGCACAGAAACAGCAUAUAAAAUGAUUAAAGCAAGAGUUAUUCUAACAUAACUAGCUAGGGUAAACCUAAUUUUACUCCUUAAAUUUCUUAAAAUGAUAAUUAAGAAGCCACACUUGACAAAUAAAAUUCAAAGAGGUUAAAUCCAUUAGCUCAGUCUGUAGAUGAAAAACCUGAGUAAUUAAAAUCAAUUCAUAGCAACACAGAUUUCUUCUAAAAUUUCUCUGCAUAAAAAGAGUUUUUCUAAAAUAGCUCUGCCUAAAAAAAUUUUAACAAACAGCUACAAGAUGAAAGCUCAAAUUUAUCCUCAUCAAUUGUAUCCUUUCCAAUUCCUAAACAUUUAAUAACCAUAAGCCCAUCAACAACUCAUCUUUAACAAAUAGAUUAGAACCAAGAGAUAAAUGAAUACAAUUAAAGCAAUUAAAACAUUAGUCCUCUAAAAAAUGAAAGAAAAAAUCAUUCAGAAAAUGAAAUCCCUUUUAGCAAUGAUAACGAACAACAAAACGUAUAAAACAUUCAUAAUUAAAUGGAUAAUAUAAAUUAGAAUGAAAAAAACGAUGAAAACUAAAAUAAAACAGAAUAAUUCCAAGAAAAUCAAUAAAUUCCAAAUAAUUCUUUUAAUAACUUAGAAGAAAAAUAAUAAAAACCUUAAACAUAAAAUGCAAGAAAGUAAAGCUAGCACAAAAGUAUCGAUAAUCCAAGUAUAGACUUUCUUAAGUACAAUUUUUCUGCUUCAAUAAACAACUUAAACAACCAAAUAUGA